AUGUAUUCACCAGUCCAACAACAACAAAGAGAAUUAAAGACAAAGACAACCGACAAUACAUUAGGAGGCGAAGAGAAAUGUAUUACACAUGUAUUGACACCUCAAGAUACUUUACAAGGUUUGGCAUUGAAAUAUGGAUCGUCUGUGGCAGACAUUAAGAGAAUCAACAAGAUUUGGACACAAGAUACACUACACAUUAAAAAGACACUAUUGAUUCCCGUCAAACAAGAGGAUGGUGAUGAAGGAUCGAGUAGCAGCACCAGCAACAAUAUCAGCCGUAACAAUAGCUACAAUAGUCUGAGUACAUUCUCAGAGAUGAGACGAAAUGGAAGCUUGGAUAGCAACACUGACUUUUUCACAGAGUUUAAUAAUAAUACAAACAAGGAUCUAAACAACUAUCUAAAUAAUAACAAGUAUACAACAUCUACUGGUACAAUUACUCAAGUUAACCUAGACAAUAAUAAUAAUAAUCAUAAUCAUAAUAACCUACUUAAUAUCCCUCUAAACUCUGAUAGAUCAGGAUAUAAAAUACCCAUUUCAACACUUAGCAUAUCACCUUUGGUAAAUACUGUAGAUGAAAAGACUUUAAAUCAAUUCUCUCUUAUAGAUGAUGAAUUAAAUCCACUUUAA